UUCUUCCUCACCUCUCCCUCUCUCUCUCUGUGCCAAUUCAAUAUGGAGAAAGAAACAGAAAGUACGAAGGCAUUUGACAUGGGUGCUCUGAGAACCAAUCUUCCCCAAAAGAGAGGAUUGUCAAGAUAUUACUCAGGUAAAGCGAGAUCAUUCACGUGCAUAACAGAUGCUCAGUGCCUUGAAGAUCUCAAGAAAAGAGAAAACCCAGAAGCCAAGAAGAGGAAGAAAGUUUUGGACAUGCAGGAAAUGCAGAUUCCUCCAUAUCCCUGUCGAAGAGUGUCGAGUACAACCCAAUGUGCUACACCUUGUGUCGGCGCCUAGGACACUGAGCAAUGAAUAUGAGUGCACCUGUCAUCACCCCUUUGUCAUUUGUUUUCAAUUUCUUCCAGUGUACAUAAGAUCAACCUCCAUAAACUGGUGCAAUGGAUAAUUGCGAGUUUUCAUUUCA